AUGUUGCGAGCCCUGAAUACCGUCCAGCGACUUUCCAGCACCCGAGCCAUGUCCACCUCUUCCAUUUCGUCUCUGCUUAAGAACCCCAAUCUUCUGCGAAACCAGGGCUAUGUCAAUGGUCAGUGGGUCUCCUCCAAGACCGGAGACACUUUCAGCGUUGAGAACCCAGCCACUGGCGAGACUCUGGGCCAGGUGCCCGAGUUCUCUGUCGCCGAGGCCGAUGAGGCUGUCCAGCACGCACAGACUGCCUUCAAGACCUUCAAACAUACCACUGGACGAGAGCGAUCCAAGAUGCUGCGAAAGUGGUACGAUCUGAUGCAGGAGAAUGCUGGUGAUCUGGCCACCCUGGUGACUCUGGAGAACGGUAAGUCCCUCGCUGACGCCAAGGGCGAGAUUGGCUACGGAGCAUCUUUCUUCGAGUGGUUCUCCGAGGAAGCUCCUCGAAUCUACGGAGACAUCAUUCCAUCCGCCAACCCCGCCAACCGAAUCUACACAAUCAAGCAGCCCAUCGGAGUCUGCGGAAUCAUCACCCCCUGGAACUUCCCCUCGGCCAUGAUCACCCGAAAGGCUGCUGCUGCUGUUGCUGCUGGCUGUACCAUGGUGAUCAAGCCUGGUUCCGAAACCCCCUACUCUGCCCUUGCUCUGGCUUACCUGGCUGAACAGGCCGGCAUCCCUAAGGGUGUUGUCAACGUGGUCACUACUAAGAAGAACACUCGAGCUUUUGGUAACGCCCUGUGCGAGAACCCGACCGUCAAAAAGGUUUCUUUCACGGGCUCCACUGGUGUCGGAAAGACCCUUAUGGGCGCAUCGGCCUCCACUCUUAAGAAGCUGUCCUUUGAGCUCGGUGGCAACGCUCCCUUCAUUGUGUUUGAGGACGCCGAUAUUGACCGGGCUGUCGACGGAGCUAUUGCGUCCAAGUUCCGAGGCACUGGCCAGACCUGUGUCUGUGCAAACCGAAUUUAUGUGCACGAGAGCAUCGCCGAGAAGUUUGCUGAGCGAAUGGCAGCCGUGGUCAAGGACUUCAAGGUUGGAAACGGUCUCGACCCUAACACCACCCAUGGCCCUCUUAUCCACGAGGGAGCCAAGGGCAAGAUCCAGGAGCAGGUUGACGAUGCUGUCAAGAAGGGAGGAAAGGUACUCAUUGGAGGCUCCGACGCCCCUGAGAUCGGAAAGGCCUUUUUCCAGCCUACCGUCAUUUCCGGGGCCAAGUCUGAUAUGCUGAUUGCCUCCGAGGAGACGUUUGGUCCCAUUGCUGCCAUCUUCCCCUUUAAGACCGACGCUGAGGUCAUUGAGCUUGCCAACAAGGCAGAGGUCGGUCUGGCCGGCUACUUCUACUCCAAGGACGUGUACCGAAUCCAACAGGUUGCCGAGGCUCUCGAGGUCGGAAUGGUCGGUGUUAACACCGGUCUGAUGACGGAGUGUGCUCUGCCCUUUGGCGGUAUCAAGGAGUCUGGCUUUGGCCGAGAGGGCUCCAAGUACGGCCUGGAUGACUACAUGGUGCUCAAGACUAUUGUUGUGUCUGGCGUCGAGCCCCACAUUCAGCCUUAA